AUGGUUGCCAAAAUUUUUUACCUGUUGGGCGAGGCUAUCACCUCAGCUCGCCCGAUCGAAGUAGAGACAACAGUUGACUACCCAGGGCUUCAACUUCUCAUUGCUGGUCAAUUUGCCAUCGUGGAGCCAAAAGGCAUCGGAUUUCAGUCCGAGGACUCGAUACUGUUCACUCCCUCUGAGAUUUUUGCCCAUGAAGAGCCUAUCGCCAUCUCAAUAGAUGGUAAGGCUGUACGGGAGAUCCCUGGUCCGAAGGGACUGCCAUUCGUGGGUAACUUCUUUGAGGUCUACCCUGAUCACUUGGGAAACCAUCAGCGUCUGUUUGACCAGUAUGGACCCAUCAUUCAAACUACCAAUAUGGGCCAGACAAUCUACCACACCAAUGAUCCUGAGCUAUCGGCCAUUGCUUUUGCCGAAUCUGAUUUUUUUACGAAGAGAAUCAACGAAACACACCCUUUACAUCCGAUCAAGAAUCAGCAAGCCGGUGUCUUUUUAGGUGACACCGAUACACCCGAAUGGCGCGCGGCACACAAGUUCCUCCCACCGGCACUGGGACCGAAAGCAGUGCGCCAUUACGCGCCCACUAUGCAAGAGACUGUCGAGGAUGCCUUCAGUGUGUUCGACGAGCUAGACGAGCGCGGCGAGGCAUGGAACGUCUACCCGUACAUGCUCAAGCUCGGUUCGCAGGCGGUGGGCAAGCUAGUUCUCGGUAUGGACUUCAAGCAUUUCUCCGCUGUGGAUGCGCCAACUCACGAGCUUGUCAAUCAAUUUGCGGAGUUGUUGGAAUUGAAUAAGAAGGUGACUGCCCGUGGUAGUUGGUACGCCAAAUUGCCUUUCGGUGACCCGAAACGACUACAGGAUACUCGCUGUCGUAUCUUUGAGAUGGUAAAUGAGUCAAUUCAAAAUGCUUCUCGCAAUGGCAUCGAGGAUCUUCCGUUGCAGAAUGCUGCAUUGCAGGCUUCUAAUAUGAUUGAUUAUGCGAUUCGCGCCACGGAUAACAAGGGCGAGAAAUUGCCCAAGACAAGUCUGAUGGAGGCACUAGUAGUGGCCACUGGCGCGGGUUUCACGACGACUAGCUCGCUGCUGUCGUGGCUGCUUUAUUCGCUAGUCAACUAUCCCGGCAUGCAGGAGAGACUCCUACAGGAACUGGUUGAUAACGAUAUUGACGCCCAUACUGCAAUGACAGCAGAUCUAACGGAUCGUCUGCCAUUCCUGAACAACUUCAUUAAAGAAACCCAGCGCCGUCAUAACCCCUCAUACCAGCCUGCGCGCACUGCCAAGGUCGACAUGAUUCUUCCAGGGGGAUACAAACUCCCUAAAGACUCCACCAUCAUCCUGGCACUUCACCACAUACAUAACAACCCGGCGGUAUGGUCUAACCCGGCACGCUUUGACCCAGAUCGUUGGGACACGGAGGAAGUCAAGCAUCGCCAUAAGACUGCGUAUAUUCCCUUCGCUGCUGGACCGCGUAUGUGCAUUGGGUUCAGUUUUGCCUUGCAGGAGAUCAAAGUGUUCUUGCCCAAGUUGUUGUACCGGUACAAGUUUACAAAAGAGAAUGAUGGGCCGGUGGAGUAUGAUCCCAUGUUCCUGUUGAUCCGUCCUACCAACUUUCAAUCGCGACCGACGCGCUACUUGGCUCAUGCCCUCCAAGAGCUGGGCCUAACCACCAUGUGGAGGUCGUCGCUCGACGUAAAGCUUCUCUGCGCGCAGCGUUUUGUGCGCCUCUUCGCGUAUGGCGGCUCAACCUUGAUUCUGGCAUCGUAUCUGUCGGCCUUGGGGAUUUCAGAUGACCGCAUUGGCUUAUUUAUGACUCUCACACUGAUUGGAGAUGUGGUGAUCAGCUUCUUCCUCACUCUAUUUGCUGAUUCUAUGGGUCGCAAGGCGGUAUUGUCGCUCGGGUCAAUCCUGAUGGCUGGCAGCGGAGUUCUUUUCGCGCUGUUCGGAAAUUUUUGGAUUUUACUGACGGCUGCAGUCUUUGGUGUCAUAAGUCCCAGUGGAAAUGAGAUUGGUCCGUUCCGCGCCGUGGAGGAAUCCACUUUAGCUCAUCUCACACCACAUGAGCUUCUGAGCGAUGUUUUUGCCUGGUAUUCCUUGAUUGGGACUGCUGGAUCGGCCACAGGCAUGCUUGUCUGUGGUUGGAUCAUAAAUUCUCUUGAGUCAAACCAUGGAUGGGAUUUCAUUCCUGCUUGUCGCAUCAUAUUCUUCGUAUAUGCCGGCGUUGGUGUUGUUAAGCUGAUCUUCGCCCUGGGUCUGAGCGGCAAAGUCGAGGUCCAGAAAGAAGAGCCACAGGAACAGGGCUCUGAAACCCGUCCGUUGCUGGCAGAACCAGUCGACCAGGGCGUGGAGCCAUCCGCAAAGAAGAAGGGGCUAUUUCCGUCGAUCGAGAAGGACCUGUGGUCGCUGGUUAUUCGUCUCUUCAUCUUAUUCGGAGUGGACUCGUUUGCAUCUGGAUUGGCUUCAUUGUCUUGGAUGACCUACUUCUUCAAGGGCAAGUUCAAUCUGCCUGAAGGUGAACUCGGUACUAUCUUCUUCACCACAAACAUCAUCUCCGCGGUAUCCAUGUUGGUCGCUUCGUCCCUUGCCAAACGAAUUGGCAAUGUCAAGACUAUGGUCUUCACUCAUUUGCCGUCGGCAAUCUGUCUGGCCCUCAUCUCCGUCCCAUCUAGCCUGCCUCUGGCAUUGACCUUCUUGGUUCUGAGAGCCUGCUCCCAGAACAUGGAUGUGGCGCCUCGCUCCGCAUUCCUUGCUGUGGCUCUACCGGCAGACAAGCGCACUGCUAUUAUGGGCGCGGUAAAUGUUGUGAAGACUACCGCCCAAAGUAUGGGUCCCCUGUUGACAGGUAUUUUGUCGCGCAACGGUCAUUUCGGUGUUUCUUUCAUUGUUGCAGGAUGCUUAAAGGUGACCUAUGAUCUUGGCAUGUUGUUCAGUUUUGCCGGUAAAGAGGCUGCUCGUCGGAAGCAGGUAGCUCAAGAGGCCGAAGAAGAGACAAGUUAG